CGACAGCUGUCAGGCUAGCGAGGUGGUCGUGUCAGCACUGCAAGCUGACUGGCUCGCAUUGCGGAUACAACAGAAGCCCCUGCGACAAACAGGUCUUGCGUGAGGUGGUCAUCUUUCCAGAGUUACCAUGGCGAGUCCAGAUGAUCUGAAGUUCCAAGAAUUUGAGGAGGCCACUGACCUGCUGUUAGCAGACCCUGGGGCCUCCACCCUCAGUAUGUCUGGCUCCAGCAGUACGGCCCCGGCCAGCGCCACAGGGGACAUCAAACUGGACAUGUCCGAUGAUGAGGGACAGGAGGAGAGUUCAGAGCUCCUAGGAGGGGAGAAAAGAACUAGCGGCUUCUGGACCUUUGAGUACUACCAGUCAUUCUUCGAUGUGGAUACAAUGCAGGUGCUGGACAGGAUCAAGGGGUCAGUGAUGCCUUUACCAGGACGGAACUUCAUCAAACAUACCCUCCGGUCGAGUCCGGAUUUAUACGGUCCCUUCUGGAUCUGCGUGACACUGGUGUUCUCUGUGGCCAUCAGUGGAAACCUGUCCACCUUCCUCAACUACCUGGGGGACCCUCAGUACCACUACAGACCCCAGUUCCACAGAGUGACGAUAGCUGCAGUAGUGAUCUUCCUGUAUGCCUGGCUGGUGCCCCUGGGCGUAUGGGGUUUCCUGACCUGGAGGCAGAGGGAGGAGAGGCAGCAGAGUUGUUACUCCUUCCUGGAGACAGUGUGUGUCUACGGCUACUCCCUCUUCAUCUACAUUCCCACCUCGGUGUUGUGGAUCUUACCAUUCGAGUGGCUCAGAUGGCUCCUCAUCCUGGUCGCCAUGGUGAUCUCCGGGUCGGUCCUGGUGCUCACCUUCUGGCCUGUCGUCCGCGACGACACCAAGGUGACUGCUUUCACCACCGUGGCAACAAUCGUCGUUCUCCAUGCGCUGCUAGCAAUUGGCUGCAAGAUGUACUUUUUCCAGACAGCGACUCGCACAGUGACACCGACAGAUCCUACACCCAACCACACAGCAGCAAUAUUGAACACCAAGACCUACUGACCAAGAGGAACCGGAGGGAGAUAAAGGAAUGAGUUCAUCGUUGUGUCCCAACACUUAAUCACCUCUUCUCAUAGUCAUAAUGUUCGAGACCACUGGUGAAUCUGAAAGGACUGGAUAAAAGGUUUAGGCUAGGUGGAUUGCCACCAUGUUGCUUUUGUUACCCACUCUGUGAGCAUUGGAAGAGUAGCUAGCUAAUCGCAUGAUGAUAGCGAUAUUGCCAUUGACUAACUAUGUUGCCGUGUGAGUAGAACAAUAUGAGUCGAGAGGGAAACAUUGUUGGAUGAAAUCAUCGUUUACGACACCUGUGUGGACGUUGUUUAGAGUUUUGGUUAUUAAGCUCAUAGUGGGUCACACAUUAUCCAGUCCUUUCAGAUCAGAAAAGGGGAUGUAGCAAAGUAGGGCCCACAUACUCUGAUGCUUUAACCAAUAAGAAGGAUACACAGAGGACCAACCAGUGGUCAGAAAGGUACCCAUAAAGUUGUUGGAGGUUCUGGGUGUGUGAGCCCUACUCUAGUACAUUAUGCCCUUAACUGGGCCAGCAGCCCAUAAAACGUGCUGUGCAAUUGACUACAUAUGUUAUCACAAAGAGAAGGGACAAGGAUAGAGGCCUAUAAGAGUAUUUUGACAAGAGUAUUCAAAUUAUGGGUUACAAUAAUUGCUUACGCUUCAGAGAUGAUUCCGCUGUAAAUUCUGUACUUGUAUAUUUCAAUAAAUCAAUAUUUAUCAUGGAGAAGUUGGGUGCACCUCACUAGUCAGAGACUAACUCUUAUCUCCUCUCCUUUUAUCUGCACUAAAAAAUAUAGGAAAGGAGGAAGCAUUACGGUGGAUGCAUAUGAGAUAUCUACUCUAACCAGCUCAGUUCUGUCAGUGCAGAUUAAGGAAUGGAGACAAGGAAAGGAAUCAUUUUUAGACUUGUCGAACUCCUCCAGCUGCAGUCUGAUAUUGAGAUGCACCUAUUGAAGGGAAAUGCUGGAUGAAUGUGGCCAACCUUAUCCACAAAGGUGCAUGCUUUUGUUCCAGCCAAGCAAACACACCUGCUGAUUCUACCAAUCAGUCUACAAUCAAACCUUUUGACGAGUUGGAUCAACAGGUAUGUUACGGCUUGGCUGGAACCAAGGCCUACUACACCCAAACCAGCCCUCUGCGGGUAAGAUAGUUAACCUCUAACUGUGAAACUGAAAAGGCUUGUUCUAGAAGUCAAACCACUCCUAUGACCUGGAACACGUGUAGUACUGUGCUGUCUGUAAUGUAUCCACACAACUUCUUUUUGUAGAUAGACUUGUACAUUAAGGAAAAAGGGUUUGUCAGUCUAUAUUUAUUCCUUCCUGUGUUGCCUUUUAUUUUCCCUUUGUUCAGAAUUCAGGGUUUGCGUGAAUAAACUGUCAUUCCAGUCCA